AUGUCCAACGCUAUUGUGUCAAAUGUAUAUCGAUAUGUGAUUGACGAUGUCAUCAACCAAGUACGUGGCGACUUUGAAGAUAUGGGUAUUGAUGACUCCAUUCUACAAGAAUUACAAAGAUCCUGGGAAUCGAAAGUAGCUCGAUCUCGUGUUGCCAACUUUGGUUUUAAAGACAAUGGUUAUUAUGAAGAUGACAAUGGAGCUGCUGGUGGAGGAGGUGUUGGUGGCAGUAGUGAAGGACCCAAUAACACCCAUGUGGGUCCUAGCAAUGAUUCGCCUGCUUUACAGUAUCCAACAGAAUAUGGUCAUGCUAUGAAUAACAAUACACCUUCUGCAGCCAGUUUAGCUAAUUUGGCAGCCACAGCGACUGCUGUUGCUCAAGGAAACAGACCCAUGCCACAAGCGUAUGGUUUGCCACCACCCAACACAAGCACGAAUGUGAAUCGCAUGAUUCCUGAUCCUAGUACACUUGUGAAUCAGUACCAAAUGAUGCCUCAUAAUCAAAACAAGCCCAACACGCUACCAGAUUUACCAUUACCAAGACCUCAUCUUCCACAAAAUGAUGGUGGCAAUGACUUACUGUCAACAGAGGAAAUUGAUCAAAAGAUUCAUGACAUGAUUCAACAGAGUCAAGAAGAAGAAGAGGGCGAUAUCAGUAUCUCAUUCACGGCCUCUUCUUCAAUAACAGGUGAACCACUUGCUUUAGAUUCUUUACCUGACAGUGUUAAAGAACUCAUAAGAGAAGCAAGACAGAAGCACAAGCGUACUGCGAUUAGUCAGUUAGAUGGUGAAGGGGAUACACCACAAGCACCUAGUGAAGACGACAUCAACUCUGAUUUGGAUGAUUCAGAUGAUGACGAUGAGGAAGGAGAAGGUGGUGAAGAAAUUGAGCAUAUCAUCUUGUGCUUGUACGAUAAAGUGACAAGAACAAAAAACAAGUGGAAGUGUAUAUUAAAAGAUGGUAUUAUGCUAGUCAAUGGCAGAGAUUACUUGUUCCAUCGAGCCAAUGGUGAUUUUGAAUGGUAA